AUGGCCUCAAAAGCUUUCUUGAUCACAAUCUUCGUUGCAAUGGUAGCUGUUCCAUCUAUGGCAACUCAACAUAUAGUCGGAGAGGAUGCUGGAUGGAAAGUGGGUGUCAAUUACACAUUAUGGGCUACUGGAAAGAAGUUUUACGUUGAAGAUACACUUAUGUUUAUGUACCCGCACGGAUCUGAAAGUGUUUUGAAAGUAGAUGGCCCUACCUUCCAAAAAUGUGUGGCAACAAACACAAGCGGUGUUCUAACUAGCGGAAAAGACGUGAUAACCCUUGCAAAACCGGGGAAAAAGUGGUACAAUAGUACAGUCGAGGAUCACUGCUCCAAGGGAGUGAAGCUUGUGAUCACUGUAUCAGAAGCCCCGGCACCAACACCCACUCCUUUACCUCCCCAAUCACCGGGAUCUUCAGGAGCCUCGGAAAUUUCUCCCUUCAAAUCUUUUGUGUUGAUUGUUGCGGCAGUAUCUGUUUUCAAGAUGAUCUUUUCUUAA